CCGUACAUGAAGAAGAAGACAAUUAAAUAAAAUAAAAUAAUAUAAAAAGAGAAGAGGAAAACCCACCAUAAAAAUUGAAUCUCUAACCCUAACCCUCGAUUACAAUCUUCAACUCUCUUUCUCGGUUCAUCAAUUUCAGCUUUCAAUCUAAAAAGUUGAACAAUUAUCGCACAGUUUCAGAUUUCCAGUAUCAAAUUGCCUUCUCCAAAUUCGAUGAACAGAUAAGAAGAUUGCGAGAAGUAGACUGCGGACAAAUUAGACAUUUUUCAACCAUCAACUAUACUAGAAACUUGAAUUCUCCAAAAAGUUUCAAGGUUUCACUAAUUGGGAUGUUCAGUUAGCAAGAAAAAAAGAUAAUGGUGCAGAAGAGUGGUAAGAAUUCUAAAAGGUUCCACUCUGCUCAACUCCCAACCUCUGAAAGGUAUGCUUUGAAGCUCAAAGGAAAACAGAUGAAAAAAUCGAUGAGACGGAAGUUGAAGAAAGCAAAAGAUGCAGAAGGUGUCUCAGGGAGUCAAGUCCCAAAUGAGAAUAAGAACAAGACAACUGCCGAAGCGAGUAAAACAAGCAAUCUAAAUACUAGUGAAAUUGGGAAAGAGAAAUUUUUUUGCAAGGGGAACAAUGAUACAAAGAAUGCAAAUAAGAGGGGUGAACGAAGAACAGCUGAGGCUCCAAAUUCUGACAGAAAACUUGGUGGAUUGAUCUUCAUGUGCAGUGCAAAGACAAAAUCUGAUUGUUUUCAUUACAAAAUCAUGGCUCUCCCUGCCAGCAAAAUGGAGGUUGUGCUUGGUAUAAAGCCUGGUUUAAAGCUCUUUCUUUAUGAUUUUGAUCUCAAGCUUUUGUAUGGAAUCUUUGAAGCAUCUUGCGCUGGGGGUUUAAAACUUGAGUCUGCUGCUUUUGGUGGGGCUUUCCCUGCGCAGGUGCGCUUCAAAAUAUUUGAAGACUGUUUGCCUCUCCCAGAAAGUGUUUUGAAGAAGGCAAUUAAGGAAAAUUAUGAUGAAAGAACCCACAAAUUCAAGACUGAGCUAACUUCCAAACAAGUGAAGAAACUGCAAUCUUUAUUUCGUCCUGUUCGUCAGUCUCAUCAAAAGGACCAUUGUGCCCUGCGACCUACAUUAUCUGAUCCACUUUUUGUCACUGAGGAGGAAUAUCGCAGUCAUGGCCUUCGACCAGAAUUACGUGGUUUGAGGCUGGAUACUACUCCCUACAUUUCAGUUCAGGAGUCUUAUGGAACUAAUCAAGAGAGGCAGCAAGUUUUCAGGAGCCCUACUUUGAUAUACAAGGAGGCACCAGCUACACAGGAGCAAGUAUUCAGGAAUCCUUCCAUAACGUAUAGGGAUAUAUCCUACACACAGGAGGAGAGGUUUGGGAAGCCUGACUCAGUAUAUGGGCCUUUUUCCUCAUUGCGUGAUCCGGGAGUUGGAUCUGAGCCGCUGUUUUUUAGUGAAAAUGAGUAUCGAAAGUAUGGUCUGCGAGGUCGAAGCGAGCAUGCACCAUCAUUAAAUGCCACAAGAAGGCCAAGUAAUGAGUCGGAUGGUUAUCGAGAGAAUCAAUACCAAACCCAAAAUUACAAUGUGACCUCAUCUGAUCCGUUCUCUAGUUUAACAAGAUUAGGGGGUGCUACUCAUACAUACUCUCAGUUGACAGCGACUGAGGCCUAUCGUAGUGAUCUGCGGUCUGCAAGUUUCACUGCUGAUCUUAGUAUACCAAGAAGGGUUUCUAGUGAAGGGCUGUAUCCAGCAUAUGCUUCCCAUGACCUAUCUUACAACCAGAGUCAUGGUGAUGAUCAAUCUGAGCCUGCACCUGCAUCCGUCUCAUCUCGAUACUCAUUUGCUGGGGCGUCCUAUUCCUUAAGUUAAACAAUAUUUCAAUUACAUCAUUGCUGUUCCAGAAUGUUCCCUGACAAGUAUUGGAGUGCCUAAUGCAACUGGAGGCGAGGUUAAUUUGGUGAUCUCAUGAUGCAUCUGAAGUAUCCCUUCCUGUUCUACUACAUGUUGUUACGACUCCGCGCAUUUGAUUGCUAGUUGAACAUCAAGAAAUAUCUCGAGAAUUUAAGAGUGGAUGAUGUCGUAUAGAAGCAUCAAAUCAUAAUUAAGGCUGCAUCUUUAUGUCCUAAUGCAACAACUUUAUCCCUUCUCGAGCAUUUCAGGUUGUCAUUUUAUAGUUGCUGUAUCUGCCUUUAUGUCUCGGUGACGGCCUCAGCUGAUUAAAGCAUAUUCAGUGCAGAAAUAGAAAAUCCUGACUUAUAAUCUGAGGGCAGGAAGGGAAAAUACUUUCUGAUUGGCCAUAUACUGCAUAAUUUGAGCAGCCAUAAACUAAAGCAAUAGUUACUACACUUGAUAUUGUGAAUAAUUGUGAAGAAUUGCAUUUGGCUGUUUAUGUUAUUUUUCUUUAGAUUUGGUAUUGUA